GACGCUCUCUUGGGUGGUUUUUCAAUCUCAGAAGGAUUUUAUUUCGGGCUUGUGAAUUAUCUUGCCGGAAGUGUGGUGUGUUUCCGUUGAAUUCUGAAAUAUCCUAUUUGGACGUGGAUAGUUCUAGCAGUGAAAAAUCGUCGGAGGAUCUUGACUCUCGUGCCGGAAGUUUCUAACCAGGACUGGCUGUAAGACUUCGCACCUGACGAGCUGCUCGCUCUGAAGUUUUCCUCACUUAACAUCCCUUGCAGGAGCUACAGGAAAUGCCGGAGGCACUAACACCUUGCAAGUUCGUACUAGAGUGGCGGGAGAAAGCACGCCGCCAGGUUUCUGACAAAUUGCCGCCAUCGCUGAGGCAGCAGCAAGUGAGAGGCUAUGGGAGACCAUGGCACAUAUUUUACUCUGUCACAGACGUCGAGGUGGUGUUGCCUCCCGAUACCCCGUGGGAUCAGGAGCAGAGGCGGAUGCGCCUUGAGCGAUGGCCCAUCCAGGAGAUGUGGUGGGAAUGGGUCAACUGGGAGGGAGACAUCCGGCCGCUCCCCGGAUUCGAACACAGGAUGCAAGAGUUGCUAGAGCAACAACAAGAUACCGAAGAGGACACACUAUCGGAGGAAGAGGAGGAAUGGGAGGAGGAGGAAGAGGAAUUCGUCGAAGAAGAGGACCCUUGGGAAUGGGAAGAGCCCCAAGAGGAAAUCAACAUCGUCCUUCUGUAUCCCGAUGAUGACAGCGAGGACUAAUUCUUCCCUGGAUUGGACUAAACCACUUGUGCAUUAUGUAGUAUUCUAAUGUAUUCCACCUAUUCCACUAAUGUAUUCUACCAUUACCACUAACUCUACCAUUUUGGAGUUUAUUUUAGAGCUAUUAGAUGCCGCCGUUUAAAGAAGAAACGGAAACCGUUGCAAUCCACCGUACAAGGCCGGAAUUUGGGAAUGCUCUGUGGGAGUUCUUUGAUCAAUUUUAAAGGAGCUUUCUGAGUACGAAAAAGUCACAUAUUUUCUGAGUCCCCGGGCAACAAUAUGGCCCUUUUCUUGCAAAGCUCCUCUUUUGACGAUUUUAAUUUAUUGAAAUGAACUCAAUUUAGUUCAACUCAGUUGCGAUGUCUCUUAAUUUUUACUUGUAUUUUACUUUGUAUCUGGAAGCUGUUGCUUGUUGAGUCUUGUCGUAUUAUACAAAAUGUAAAACGAGGAAAGACUUGCUGAUGUGCUCUUUUUUUUUUUUUUUUUUUUUUUUUUUUUUUUUUUUUAAAGAAUUCGUAUUCCUUAAUUAUUCUAAGGGUCUUAAUCGAGUUAGCGCGGUUUUUUUCUGAAAACCUAUUCAUUCAUUUUUCUGACAUCCAAUGAAUGAAUGAUAGCAUCUGUGAUAUUAUUUUAACUUUGUGUUUAUAUGUAUUUUGAAUGUGAAUUUGAUUAUUAAUUUUAAAAACUUCAAAGGAUAUUGGAAUCUGAUAGCGGAAUAGAAAAAAAUACUUUUACAAGGCGAUUACGUUUUUUCACUGUCAUUGACAAUUUUCUAACUUUAGGUAUGUUCAUAAAACUUUUGUUUGUACAUUAUGUAAAUUUAGUUUCACGAAAUUUGAAAUCCUCAUAAAUUACCAACUCUAUUAAUUGAUAAAAUUUGUUACGUUAGUAAGUCGAUGUUAUGACUUUAAGCUCUCACAGAUUGUUUAAACUCGAUUUUCAUAGUUUUAAAAUAAUAAGCAUAGGAAUAAGAUCAUUAACGAAUUUAAAAACAUGUUUUAAAAUGUAUGUAUGCAUGUGUAUCUAAAUGUGUAUCACUAACUAACUAACUUUCUCAUGCGUAUCUAAAUGUGCGUCUCAGCUGGUACUAUAUUUAUGAGCGAUGUUUUAAGAUUGUUAUUCGUGGUAAGUUAUCCGGACUGAAGUGAUCGGAAAAAAUUGUAAAUAUGUAAGUCAUUUGUCAAAAAUAAAAGCAUGCGUAAGUAAAUUUCAAACAUGCUUUUCCUCGAAAAAUCAUACAGUGAUAAUCAGCCCUCUAAUGUGAUUAGAAGGAAGCACAUAGUGGGUAAAACAAUUGCGCUCAUUAACUUGCCUACCGUAGUUAUAGACAAAACUUACAGUAAGACAAUUAAAUUUCAAUUUUCUCGUCAGUUUUUCCCUGCUGAUUUAAAUUUUGUUUUCCGACUUGAUAAUUCAUUUUUUCAAUAGAAAAAAAAAAAAAAAAUACAUUUUAAAUAUUUCUCUUGCUCUCGCCAGAAAAAUUUGAACAAUCGAUUUAUUGAAACUUUACUGUUUUAAAAAAUGACCCUAAUAGGGAUGCCUGACAUAGGUACUUACGUCUUAGGAAGUUAUUAUGUAAAUGUUACCUAAUGUAAAACUGUAUGUAAUUGUAUGUGAUGUAUUUUAUGUGAAACUUUAUGGUUUGAUGGCAAAGGAGUGAAAUAAUGUUCACGACAACGAGUAAGUGAAGCUUGUUCGUGGCUCAAAUUCAGAAUUCAUAGAGAGAAAUCGAAAACGUGGGAGGAAGGAUGAUGGAGACUCUCUAUGAAACAUUACUUAGCGCUGUACGCGACAGUUAAUAUUAAUUUCAAGUGAAUUUUUGUAAAUUUCACACCACCAAUGUUCUAUUUGUAUCUUUUAAUUCAGACAAAUUUCCGUAAAAAAGCUAUUUUUCUAUUGCCGUAAUUUAUGAAAUUAGAUUGAUUUUAAACCUCAUAAAUUUUUUGUUACUCACUAUAGACUGUGUUCAUUAAAAACUAUUUGAAAGGA